UUCGUGUUUGGUUACGUAAACACGCGUUUGAAUACCACCGCUUGUUGUCAAUGGUUAAAUAAACUGCUACUGCUCCUUGUUGUUGUCAAUUACUGGUCCUACGUCAGCAUUAUCCAAUAAUGCUCGAAUCUAACUGUGGAGUAUAUUUUUAGUUGUAAUGUACACUGACAACCACAUGUACGAUAUUGUGGUAAAGCGUAACUCUUCGUCCUCAAGAAAAAGAUCCUGGAAUGGUAUGAGAAGUCACAUCACUCCACCCAAAAAACGGCCCAGUUUUACAUCUGGUACAUGUUCUGCGGGUGAUGGACACACUUACAGUCAAGACAUGACUGAAAAUAAAGACACAGAGCUGUGCUUUAGUGACAAUGAAGAUUUAUUUGAAGGUUAUGACAGCAUUGUGGGUGACAGCUCCUUUCUGGCCAAACUUGAAGAUGUGGAGCUCCAGAUGAGGCAACAUCACAAAGACCAGCAGACUCCACACUGCUGUGAGGAUCAACUCUUAGACUCCAUCUUAGCUGAGGAUUUCAGAGAUUCACCACUGAGAACUUUGCCAAGUUCUCCACUCGCAUUUCGACAAGCUGUCAUGACCCCACAAAAAAGCCCUUCCAGGGGUGUACAUAAUACAUCUACCCCUGAUUUAAAAAACAACAAGCCAACUAUCUGUCAUGCAGGUGUAAACAAGUCAGCACCAAAGGCCAGAAGAAGCAUGAAAGACCAUCUUAAGAAAGUACUGAUUGAAAAUGCAGCAACAUCUAACACCAUCUCCAACAGGGUACGACAGAAGGAAGCUGUGAUAACUGAAGAGAUGGGUGUUGCCAUGGAGUCCAUAUCAGCAGAGGGGGACCUGGGCCCUUUCUUCGGUCUACCAUCCAGAGUUAAGGAUCUUAUCUGUAGAUUAAAAGGAAUCCAGGAUUUGUAUGAUUGGCAGAAGACAUGCUUGAGCCUGGAUUCAGUGCAACAAAGGAGAAAUCUAAUUUAUUCAUUACCAACAAGUGGAGGAAAGACUCUAGUGGCAGAGAUUCUCAUAUUUAAAGAGCUCUUGUGUAGAAUGAAGGAUGCACUUCUUAUUUUGCCAUACAUAUCCCUGGUUCAGGAAAAGGUUCGAGGUUUGUCUAGCUUUGGUAUUGAACUGGACUUCAUGGUUGAGGAGUAUGCUGGCAGUAAAGGGAGGUUUCCUCCAGUAAAGAGAAGAAGCAAAAACUCUCUGUACAUCACAACCAUUGAAAAGGGACACAGUCUUGUCAACUCACUGAUCGAAAUGGACCGUCUAGGAAACAUUGGCUUGGUUGUUGUGGAUGAGCUCCAUAUGCUUGGUGAUGGCAACAGAGGGGCAAUUCUUGAAAUGACGUUGUCAAAAAUUCUGUACAUGAGCAAAUCAACCCAAAUUAUUGGAAUGAGUGCAACACUAGGCAACGUGGGAGACCUUCAGAGGUUUCUAAAAGCUGAAAACUACACCAAUGACUUCAGGCCUGUUGAACUGAAAGAGUAUGUGAAAAUAAAAGAUAGCAUAUAUGAAGUUGACCCAAAGGAAGAGGAAUGCUUCAGAUUCUCACGACUCCUGGAUAUUAAGUACUCCAGUGGAAUGCAGAAGCUUGACCCUGACCACAUCAUAGCACUGGCUACUGAAAUCAUCCCUCAGCAGUCCUGCCUGAUAUUCUGUCCCACCAAGAAGAACUGUGAGAAUCUGGCUGGAAUGAUCUGCAAGUAUUUAAAUAAGGAGUUUCGGAAGCACAAAGAAACCGAGAAAGCCACACUGCUGGGUGAAUUGAAGAGCAGUGGUAAUGGAUCCUUGUGUCCUGUGCUGCAGAAGACUGUGCCAUUUGGCCUGGCCUACCACCACAGCGGCCUGACCAGUGAUGAGAAGAAGCUGGUGGAAGAAGCCUAUUCUUCAGGGGUGCUCUGCCUCCUCACCUGCACCUCCACUCUUGCUGCUGGGAUCAACCUUCCUGCACGCAGGGUGAUUCUGCGGUCCCCAUACGUAGCUGCAGACUUUUUAAAGAGAAGUCAAUACAAACAGAUGGUGGGGAGAGCAGGACGAGCAGGUAUUGAUGCCAUGGGUGAGAGUAUCCUGGUUCUGCAGGAAAAAGAUAUAAACAUGGCCAAAAAACUAGUGUCCGCACCAGUGGAGAAGUGCUACAGCAACCUCCUGCAUGAUGGAGGACAGGGCCUCCUUAGUCUUGUCCUGUCACUCAUUGGCCUUAAAAUAACUACUACAAUAGAACAAGUGAGGGAUUUCAUGAAAGGCACACUCCUUAAUGUGCAGGAAGCUCAAGUCAGUCCAGAGAGGAGUUUGUGGGAUCUUACACUGGAAUUCAUAGAGAAACUGAGGCAGAAGGCCCUCAUUGAGGCCUCUGGUGAUGUAAAUGAUGAAACCAUUCUGCAGAUCACUAGACUGGGUAGAGCAACUUUUAAAGGUUCAGUAGACCUAAGCUACUGUGAUCUGCUCUACAGAGACUUGUCAAAAGGGCUGGAGGGUUUAUUGCUGAAUAGUUUUCUACACUUACUGUAUCUGGUUACUCCAUAUGAUAUGGUGCAUCAAUGCAAGCCAGACUGGAUGAUCUACUUCAGGCAGUUUACAAAUUUGUCAGCUGCUGAGCAGAAGAUGGCCUCCGCUGUUGGCGUACCUGAAAGUUUUGUGACGCGGAAGGCAGCGGGACAGAGCGUGAGGAAGACUGUGGACAUUGUGGUGGUAAACAGGUUGUACCUGGCCAUGGUGCUGUACUCCCUACUGAAGGAGACAAAUCUGUGGAAUGUGUCGGAUAGAUUCCAGCUGACUAGAGGCUUUGUACAGACUCUUCUCAGCUCAGCUUCCGCCUUUGGCUCUUCUGUGCUGCACUUCACUGAGGAGCUAGAGGAGUUUUGGGCCUACAAGGCUCUUCUGUCAGAGUUGACCCGCAGACUGACCUACUGUGUGCAGGCCGAGCUCAUUCCACUCAUGGAGGUGGCUGGAGUUAUGGAGCAUCGUGCAAAGCAGCUCUAUAAUGCUGGUUACAAGACACUGGCACAUCUCGCCAAUGCUGAUCCAAAGAUUCUGGUGCAAACUAUUGACAACCUCUUCAAGAAACAGGCUGAUCAAAUUACUGCAUCAGCAAAAAUGCUAAUAAAAGAGAAAGCAGAUGCCUUGCAGGAGGAAGUGGACGACCUGCUUAUGCUGCCAUCUGAUCUCCUUUCUUUGUAAAUGUUUGUGUUUAUCUUUAUUUAUAUGAUGUAAAAUAGUAUGUAUAUUAUUUUGCCUGUUUGUCAGGCUGAAAUAAAAGUGAAAGUAAUCUCGUUUUAUUCUUUACCAAGUUUUAUUUUGUGUCAUAUAGUUUUUACAAACUCGAAGGGUGGGAAGUCACACAAACAGCUUGUUAAAAAUACAGUGCUGUCU